AAGCAAUAUUGUGUCCACAGGGAUAGCCUGUUCCGGUUGGGCGUGGAGAACCUGGAAAGAAGAGAGAAGGCGAUAUGGCUGGCCCCCGCAGACAAAGUGCAGCUCUGCCAGGACAAAGGUCAGUCCGAGGAGGACUGCCACAACUUCAUCCAGGUCUUGCUCACCAACGGCAAGCGCCUCUUCACCUGCGGCACCAACGCCUUCUCCCCGACCUGCACUUGGAGAGAGAUGGAGGAAGUAAACAGAGUUGUAGAAUGGGUGAGAGGCGUUGGAAAAUGCCCUUAUUCACCACACUCCAAUGUCACCUCACUGAUCUCAGACGAAGGACAGUACUUUGCUGGUUCGCCGAUGGACUUUUCGGGAGCAGAUCACGCCAUUAUCAAAGACCUCGGCCCGACCUACCUCAGGACGAAUCAGUACAAUUCUAAAUGGUUGAAUGAACCGCAGUUUGUUGGAUCAUUCGAGACUGAUCUCUAUGUGUAUUUCGUUUUUCGGGAGAGUGCAGUUGAAUACAUCAAUUGUGGAAAGAUAAUCUAUUCAAGAAUUGCUCGCGUUUGCAAGAACGACAACGGAGGGCAGCUGAUGCUUCGAGAUAACUGGACGACCUUCGUAAAGGCUCGUUUAAACUGUUCACUUGCAGGAGAUAACAGCAUCCCAGGUUCCGCAGUGUGUGCUUUUAACAUGUCUGGUAUCGAGGCAGCUUUUGCCGGUCCUUACAAACACCAGGCGACCGUCGGCUCAGCUUGGGAGCGCCAGGCCCCGACCAGGCCUCGACACUCGCAGUGCUCCGGAGCCACGACCUUACUCGACUCGACGAGGUACCAGCUCAUGGACCUUGCGGUUCAACCUGUCUCUCAGGAGCCUCUCUACACCUCCACGAUGGAGCGCUUGACUCACAUCGCAGUCGACACUGUUUCUACUAAAAUUCACAAAGCCGUUCAUGUUCUCUACGUGGCGACUGAGGAAGGUUUGGUCAAGAAAAUAUCUUUACUUUCGAGGACACAGAAGACUUGUAUUCUAGAAGUUUGGCAACCUUUUACGGCAAUGAGUAUUUCAAGAAAGAUCUACACUCUUAAAUUCGCUUCUGAAGGGAUUUAUUUAGGUACGGACGAAGGAGUGCUGCGGAUCGCGAAAGAACAUUGCAGAAGACACAAGAGCCGAGCGGCCUGCCUCGCAGCGAUGGACCCGCACUGCGGCUGGCACGACCACUUGGAGAUCUGCUCGACCCCUCCCGAGCACAACCCGCUCGUGCCCCACUGGCACCACGAACCUACUCGAUUUGAUGGAGGCUGGUCGGCAUGGUCAGCGUGGGCUUCCUGUGAGAUGUCAGAUUCAGGAGACAACUGCCUCUGCGCGACGAGAGUCUGCGAUAACCCAGUGCCCUCCCGAGGAGGAGCCCCUUGCACAGGGCUGUCGGUGAGGGUCGCUAACUGCACCGUCCAUGGUGGAUGGACACCAUGGUCUUCCUGGUCAGCAUGUUCUCAGUCCUGCGGCAUGGCUGUCAAAACAAGGAGGAGAUCCUGCGGCAAUCCUGCUCCUCAGCACGGCGGUAGGGUCUGCGUCGGACAGGACCGGCAUGAGAUGUACUGCCACUCAAAUCCUCCCUGUCCGGCGAUAAGCGGACCAGUUCGAGAUGGCGGUUGGUCUAGCUGGUCCAGUUGGUCCGAAUGUACUGCCAAAUGCAACGGUGGCUUUAUGAUGCGCACGAGGGCUUGUAACAACCCACCGCCCCAGCAGCCUGGCGGAUUGGAUUGCAUCGGCUCCCACAUCGAAUAUCAGAUGUGUAACACAGCAAGCUGUAUCGAGAGCAAGAGGCUGUCUCCCUGGACCCCUUGGACGCCGAGCGGGAAUGGGAGCGAGAAGAGGUACAGGUUCGCCUGCCGCGCUCCAACCCCUGACCCCACAUACAUCAAGCUGACGCUGGCCAAGGUCGACGACAGGUUCUGUACCCAAGAGGGUGUAUGCACCAGAUCAGAUUCGAGCGAUAGCGAGGACGGUUGGUCGGAAUGGUCAGCGUGGUCGCCGUGCUCGGUCGAGUGCGGCUCCGGUGAGCAGAGCAGGGUGAGGACCUGCCAAGGGGAUUCCCGCGACUGCAAGGGACUCUCGCUCAUGUUGAGGGCCUGCAACAACCAGCCCUGUCGUGGUGAAUGGGGUUGUUGGGGCGACUGGACCCCUUGCUCUGCGACCUGUGGCGUUGGAACAAGAACUAGAUCACGAGAAUGUUUAGGUGUCGGACCGUGUGACGGAGAAUCAUACAUUGUCGAGCCAUGUCAUGUCAACUCCUGUUUUGAAGGUAGUGUUGGAGCAGGGACUGUAGUAGGUUGCGUGAUCCUCGGUUUCAUCGUGGGAGCAAUCGCAGCCUUAGCCGGUUAUUACCUCCACGGCAAGAGAAGUAGGCACCGAGUACCAGGAAGUCCGCAUUACAUAUCAUCAAAGCAGAACCCGUACGUCACCGUGCCGCUCAAGGAAGUGUCCUCGCCCAAAAGGGCACCUUCCUUUUCGAAGCAGUCCAACGGCGCUACGCCAAAACUGUUUUCGAAACCUCUACAAGAAUACGAGACAGCGACUAUAAAGAGGAAUUCUCACAGCCUUGCCAACGGCCACGUUAGGGCGGACCUCGACCAAGACAAGUUCUUUUAAAAUUGUGAGAGAAAGGCCUCGCCUCGCCCGGGUUGCUGUCUGCUCUCAACCCAAUCCUAGUCAUUCUUACUCCUCUAUCUUUCUUAUAAAAUACUUUACGAUUCUUUCUCAUUGUAAAUUGAAUCAAAUUUUAUUUUUAUAUUUUUUUAUAUUUGUUUUUAAAAUUCUUGUUAAAAAUGCUAGAAUAAUUUUAAAGUAACUUUAAAUUUUGAACUGUUUUUGAGUAAAAUUGAAUUUUAUUGUUGUUGAAGCUAUGAUGAAGCUUUUGGGAUCAUAAGAAUAGUAAAGAGGAAUUUAUUUAUAGAAAAGUUUGUUUUCCAUUAUUUUAUAGAAAAAAAAUAUUUAUUUACUUAAAGACUUUCUAGCUUAAGAAGAAGCUAAAAGAAAGUAUCGUAUUGUGAGCUUAAUAUGGAAUGUUUUCUGACAAACUAGAUCUGUUCAACGUUCAAGUUCAAAUACGCCUAUACAUUUUAUACUAAUGUAUAUGUGUGUGUAUAUAUUUAUACAUACAUUUUGAUUAGUUCUAAUUACUCAUACUCAUGAAAAGCAAUUAUAUAUAUAGAUGAAUGUAUUGCCAUUCAAAAAAAAAAAAUUAUAUAUACACACGUAAACAAAUAUACCAUAGGUAUUUGUAAUACAGCAUAAUUUGUCCGAUCUCAGCGUGGGGAUCAAAGUAGCAUAAGAAAUAAUUAACAAACGCCUCAAUUUAAUAAUUAGAAACAAUUAUAAAUAAUCUAUAUUAAUAAAAGUAAUGUCCGCAUGAAAUAGGAAUAGCAUAUACAUUUUAGCUUUUAUUUAUUAUUCCAUAUUUGGUAUUUGUUUUUUUAAUUAUUUGCUACAAUAAAAACUAAAUUCAAUAGCACUCAGUGGAAUUGCAAGUUGAGUUAUUUUUCUUCGUUUUUUUUAUUUUGUUUUUUUAAAUAAUUUCUUCACAUGUAAAUAUUCUGUAUUACUCAACUUGAAAUCAUAAAUAAAUAAAUAUACAGAUUGUGAAUAAUAAUUAAUUUAAUUUAUUGUUUGAAACAAAAUGUCGAUUCAGUAGGACUUUCCUAAUUAUCGCUAUGGCUUCUAUCAUUAGCUGGUCAAUUUCAGGCAAAGUGUCCAACAAGUUAACUUUUAAAGUUAAAAAAAUGAGAGAAAAUACAAAAUUUAUUUAUCAAUAAAUUACUGAACCAUAAUCUUCAUUAAUAAUUCUAUAUUACGCAUGAAUGUAGUAUAGUUUACUCUGAUUUACUUACAUUUUAUCUAAAUAAAGCAUUGUUGUGAAGUUAAUGACGAUUCUUAAAUGGAUAUUAUUUUAAAAAUAUGUUUAUUAAGAAAUAUAAAAGUGGAAUUAAAUUGUUACAAUUCUGUUUUGUUUAUUCUUUUAAAAAUAAGUUGAAAAACUUGAAAAUUCAAUCAGUAAGAAAUGUGAGAAUAAGCUUGUGGCUACACUAAUUUGAAACUAAUUUUUUUUUUCCUUACCCUCGUCCUCCGAUAUUGGAAAUAAAAUACUAUAUAAUGUAUGUAUAAGGAAAAAAACAAAAUGUUAGCUUCAAGAAGGUGUCGCACAAGUUCACACUCAGGCUACCUAACAAUUGUGAUUGAUCAAUGAAUAGAAAUAAUUUUAUAUAACAAAUUUAAAGUAAAUUUUUUAAUUUAACACAACAAAUUUUGAUAUUGGGUUUGAUCAAGAAUGUUCAUGUUAAUAAUUAACCCUCACUUAUUGUACCUAUUCAUGAUUGUUUUAAUUAAUUUAUAUAUGUUUGAGUAUUAUUUGGUCUAUACUUGUCAUAUUAUUGAAGUUCUACUCUUGUAUAAAAAUAUUUCUUGAAUGAAAACUUCAUAAUGAAUUUAUAAUAUCCUUUAGCUAAUCUUGGAUAAAUUGUAAUAUUAUUAAAACACUACUUAUUAAUAGAUUAUUAGAAAAUCAUUACUGAAUCAUUCCUGAAAAAUAAUGUUUCUUAUGUAUGUACUUCUUUUUUUUUUAUAUUGUUUUUUUUUUUGUUUAAUUUGACUUGUAUAUAAAAUUGGUUAGUAAUUUUGACUUUGCUUAUAGCUUUAAGCGUAAACAAUAACUUAGGCAUUCGAUGAGCGUAUUAUUUAUGUUCGUCUUCAGAAUUUUCUUCUUUUCUUUGUUUUGGCUCAUAUUGAGCUUUGUAAAAAUAAUCAUGUUUCUGAUAAUGAUAUUAUGUACCUGUAAAUAGAUGAAAUAUUUUGUAAUUAAAAGUUUUUACUAAGGAUGGAUCUAUUUUAUUAUUCACACCAUUCCCCAAUUCCUAAAUAAUAAACUUCCCAAUAAUGGAAGGAUCAAAUUUUAAAGUGUUAUAUAUUUUUUAUGUUUCCUCCUUCCAUUGACAUAAGUUUAAUAUUCGGUCCGUACUGAGUACUUGAAUACCUUCAGUGCUCGAACCACGCCCUGAUGAUAACCCACAUGUUUGGGUUGAAACGUCAGCACUAAUAAAAACCUUAUAAUGAGGGCGUUCUGAACAUUUAUCACCUAUGAUAUGUAGAACAAUCGACUAACUUCCUUCUAUAAUACCUACAGUUUUUUUUAUUUUAAUGGUAUUCACUGCUUAUCAGUGAACACUGGCAGUUGAUAAUUGGGUGAUAAAUAAAAAAAAGAAAUUGUUAAAAGACUCCUUUAGUACAAAGUACAUUUAUAUUUUAAGGAUUAAUUUUCUAUGUAUUGGAAAUUUUUAAGUAAAAUAUUCAUCACCGUUGAACAAAUCAACUUUUUUAGUGUUCAAGAUCUCUCAGAUGGAUUGUGUAUGUUGGAUGGUUAAGGAAAUUUUUCAUCAUAAGCAGGAAUAUUGUAACCGACAAGCAAGUAUCUUUUUUUUUUGUUGAAUAAACUCAGAAAAUCAAUAUUAAAUUGAAAAGAAAGAUGAAUUUUGUUAUAUCUUAAAGAUAUAUAAAUGAAUUCAUCAGUUUUGCUAUUGUAGAAGAUCUAGUUUGUAAAUUGAAAAGUAUUAGUUUUAUAAACUAAACAGAACAAUACAUUGGAAUGUAUAUAGAUAUGGAUAUCUAUAAUUCAUUAUUUUGUUUAUAUGUAUAUGAAUUUAACUUAUGUACUUGUAUUCUUUACUUAGUGAAUAUAUAUUAUAAAUGAGAAAAAUGUAGUGUACUAUUUUUAUUUUUCUUAUAUGCUGUUUAUAAUUUUGUAAAAUAUAUAAUAAAUAAACUUGUAUAAAAGUUUU